UAGCUUCACGACACACAGACGCUACGUGAGCGCUUCGAAACAUAAGCGAAAGAGCUCGCGGAAUAAUUUUCCAAGUUACGUUUCACACUUAUCUCACAUUAAAUUUAUCUCAGUUAGCUUCGGUUACGCGAUCUCGACUCUUCGGCUGCAGGAUGAGAACAACGUUUCGCAAAUUAAAGAAAACUUGCACGUUAAUUUAUAUACACACUUAUAUGUAAACUUAUUUAUUUAUUAAUACGUGCGCACACGCACGCACACAGGAAAAAAGUGUAAUGAAGGACGUUUCGCGGUAAAUUAAACAAAAUAAUCUCUAUCGUCACGAACGUUUUGUUGUCGGGAGGAUAUAAAGGUACGUAACAGAUUUAUCUUCCUCGACGACAAUAAUCACAAUACGGAGUGACUACAUUCGCAGCGUUCAUACCUGGCAACGGCCGCUGACCAGCGAGGCGCGAGCAAUAGUUUAUUAGCCGCGCACUCGCGCGCGAAUUGCCGAUACCAAGAAGAGAAGAGAAGAGAAAGAGAGAGAGAGAGAGAGAGAGAGAAGGGAAAGAGAGUAUAUCUACGGGCGAGGGAUGAUGAGGGUUAUGUGGGGUGCCGACGAUGGUGGGGCUAGAUGGUGAGCACAGCCACAGAGGACGACGCGAGUUAUGGUGGAGAACGUCGGCGAAUGGUGGGGUCGAAAGGUGGCGACGGCCAUUUACGCUCAUAUGGGAUAAACCCGUGUCUACGAUCAGUCGGUAGGCCACGGAAGAAAAGCACCAGCUGCCACAGAGGAUCGCGAAAAGGGUCGCGGAAGACUUGCGGAAACGAUCCGGAAGAGUUCGCCAAGAUGACGGCGCUGCUUCCGAAGAGACAUCGCAAAGUGUUGCCAGCGAAGAUGCGAGAGUGGCAAACAACAUCUACCUCCGCGAAGACGGGGGAGAUUCGAUUAACGAAUUGAUCUCUCUCUCUCUCGACAAGAGAGUUCUGCGAAUAACUAUCUCCGAGAAACGCCAAGGAAAGCGUCGUCAGUCGCUGUAGAGCGAGGCACAGCAGCUGUGUAAGGAGCACACCCGUAAUCGAGAGGGAUUCAUGUUUAUUCCGUAAACGUUUGUUCGAGAAGUUUGAAACGCGGAGAAUGAUGCUGCCGCCUCCGCCUAAGAUCCUCGCGGCGGAGAACUGGGUCUGGCGAGGAUAAACUUCCUCACAGAGGAAGAGAUUCGCCAGCCGUGUGUGUUGCGAAAACGCUCGCGCUACUCCCGGAGGAGAGAAAGAUAUAGACGUACUUUGACGGAAAGUUCUCGUUUCGCGGGCAAACAUCGCGAGCCUACGUGCGACGAACAAUUCAACUUGCGCGGAGAUCGAUGAAGCAUCAGUCGACGAUCUGUCGGCGAAAAAUGUGAAACAACACCGCAGAAUUGUGAAAUUCGAACUUUUGAUGAUUAUCAAGUUUAUAUCGUGAAAAUGAGUUCACUUCGUAGAACGCUUAAUCAGUCGGCGAGAGAAGGCACGUCGAUGAGGAGACACGCGCUUUCCGGACCCACCACGAAGAGCAUGAAGACCGUGGUUCACGCGAACGCGGUGCCGGUUUCGCCGCUGCGACACAGAUCCAAGUACGAGCUGCGAAGCAUCAGCUUGGAAGGCAACAAGGUCCUGCCAUGGACCACCAGAUCUACGACAGACGCGAUAGCGAGACGAGGAGUUUUGUCAAGACGAUGCUACGGCAGCGUUGAAAUGCUGCCGCAGAUCGAGCAGGAUGGCGUCGACAAUGGCCGAAGAUUUCGAGUGGAGAACGGAGAUUCUCCGGGAGAAAAAGAAGAGAUGUUCGGUUCGCCGAGUACGCCGAUACUAGAAAAUCCAGAGUAUCAAACGCGCUGGUAUUUUAAAUACUUCCUGGGCAAACUGCAUCAAAACUAUAUCGCUUCCGAUCAGGAGAGAAAUCCUCUCUUCCUUUCGGUAGUCACGAGCGAAGGUGGUGAUCAAUGCGUGCCGCACUACAGAGUUAUUUUAUGGAGGCGAACCGGCGCGCAGAAAAUAUCGUUGCCGUAUUCGGCGAACAAGACAAUGACUAUACGGCAAAUUCUUAGUAACUUCUUCAGUCUAGAGAAGCUCGACAAAGCGCCGCGAGAAGUUUUCACGCCGGAACUACAAAAGGAUCUGCUACUGCUCGAGGAACAAGAAGGAUCGGUUAAUUUCAAGUUCGGCGUCAUUUACGCCAGAGAAGGUCAGACCACCGACGACGAGAUGUUGUCAAACGAACGGGGCAGUCCGGGCUUUGAGAGAUUCCUGGAGAUUCUGGGUGAAAGGAUACGGCUCAAAGGUUGGGACAAAUACAGGGGUGGCUUGGAUGUGAAGGGAGACAUGACUGGGAAAGAAAGUUACUACACGGUCUAUGCAGGCCACGAAGUGAUGUAUCACGUUAGCACGAUGUUGCCGUACUCGAAGGAUAAUCCGCAACAGCUGGAAAGAAAACGACACAUCGGCAACGACAUUGUCAACAUCAUUUACACGGACGACCUAUCGGUCGUGGAUACAUUCAAUCCGAACUGCAUAAGGAGCCAAUUUACUCACGUGUUUGCCGUGGUAACGACGGAGGCGGACGGCAAAGGGUGGCGAGUUGCAAUUUAUUGUGAUGAAAACGUACCUUUGUUUGGACCGAGCCUUCCUUGCCCACCAGUUUUCGAAGAUCCGUAUAAUCUUCGAGAAUUUCUUCUCGUUAAAUUGAUCAACGGCGAGAAGGCCACCUUCGACACCCCAACGUUCUCUAGGAAAAGGGAGAGAACACUAGACGCCCUGUUGCGAGAUAUGUACCAGGAACAUUCGCAAGAAAGCAAGAGCAACAGUAUGUUAAACCGUCGAGCGCUUUCGGACGUGGUCGAGGCGCCAGGUCGACGGCGUGAGGAAACCCGCGCCGUCGAGAUGGUGCGAGUCGGACAAGCUUUGAAGUUAGAGGCCAUCAUGCGCGGCCUCGCACCCACUUCUCUCGCCACCGUCGGUCCCCUGAAACCCAGACCCUGGGAACCGAGAUGCAUCUACCCCGACUUCCCUCACGAGGUUGUAUGCGGGGACGUCUGGUUGGAGAACAGAUUGAUUCUCGCCUCCGAGAACGGGACAUUUCUCAUUGAAGACGGACUCUCGCACAGAUUGAUCUUCGACGAAUCGGUGCAGAUCAAGCAGCUGGACGUGGUCGAGCAACACGGUAUACUUCUGUUCCGCGCCGGCGACAAGGGCAAGGAGAGCAGCGUGUACGUUUUCCGAUUGCGGGAGUUCGAGAGCGACGCGUCCGCCAGAUGCGCCGAGCUGUUUAACAAUCGCGAGAACAACGAUCACGAGAGAGACGAGGAUGACGACGACGAGGACGGCGAGGACGACGAUGCCGAUCGCAACGAUGACGAAUGCGACGGCGAGGACGACGCGGACGAGUGCGACGAUUUUACGCGCGCUACCGCCAAGUUUCAACCGAUGAUGGCGCGUUCGCGUGCGCGUGUGCGCGUACGCGCGCCCGCCGUCAGAAGCCGGGCGCAUAUCAAGGAGAGAAAGCUUCGACGUACGCGAGGAUGUAAUCUGUACAGUAUCACGAGACCCGGUGGUUCACACUUACGUAUGUGCGUAGUCGUCAAUCGCCGACUGACGAUCCUCCAGUGGAAGCACAACGCAGCCUGGACUAUCUGGUGCUCGUCAGCCGACACCGACACCGUCGAGGGUUUCUUAUUGCUGAAGGAGUUCACCGCGAGCGAGACGCCGACGUUGGUGACGAUGAUCGAGAGCGCCGAUCCGGCGAACGAGUGGACGCUAUGCUGCGGCGCUCGUAAUCAUUACGAGCUGAUUUUCGCGUCCGGAACAUCGCGAAUAGUACACCUGGACGCGACGCCUAAAACGCAUUUGGUCGCGGCGUUGGAUCUUCGCGAGGACGAGGAACCGGAACUGUUACUCUGUUACAACAACACGUGUCACUUUCAAAAACUGGCGGAAGACAGCACUGCAUCGACCGAGUUCGACUUCAAUUGGAAUUCGAUGCCGACAGUAGUAGCAUGUGCCUUUCCAUACGUGAUCGCUUUCACUAACGACACGAUGGAGAUACGACUGAUAAUAAACGGCAAUUUGGUCCACACGAUCACCAUGCCCAAUCUGAGCUUGAUCACAUCGAAGAGAGACGUCUUUUUCGCGACCACGGCUCCGGAAUUUUUCCCGGGAAAAUGCGAGCGAAUCCGUCUGGACUCGAAACCCUCCGAGGAAAUGCCAUGCAGUCCGCCACCUCUUGCGCAAACUUCGUCCUCCUCUCGAUCGAGUUUUCAAAACAGUCAGGGCGAUUGGAAACCGAUAAGAAUUUAUCGGAUACCUCUGCAAACGCUCUCGAGAAACACAACGUCCAACUGUAGUCAAAGAAGAUGCCCGAGUCCCGUGGAACCCGAAAUCGUUUCUGCACCACCGACAGCCAGCGACAGAACGUUUCUCAGCGUCGAAACGCCUCGCGCGAGCAGAUCCUGCAGCAGCAGUCCUACACCCACACCGACCACAAAUAUGCCGUCGCCAUGUAGAAAAUAGACGUGUAGGAUAUUAGUUUCUUUGGCGAUCGCGCGAAUUUCACUGUUUCAAAUCAUUAGCCCGUGAUCUGGAGAUCGUGAUUGUGAGAACAAACAACCGACCGCACGUACCUGAUUCACGUCCUCGUACAUGAAAAAAAAAAA